AUGUGGAAACCUCAUCAUCCACCCUCACAAUACAGGCUUUGCCAAAGAAUAUGGUCACAAACAUGCCAACACCAACGACGAAGCUAUCACCAAACCCUCCGACGAGAAAAAAAAUUAGAGAAAACCACAACACCAAUAACCCUCCGCACAUCCUUCGAUGACCUCCUCCCCACCGACCUAGGUACCUACUACGACACUCCACCCCCAACACCCUCCCAACUCAACGCUGCCUCACGCUUCUUCGCGCACACCCGCCAUUCCCCCGUCAAGCUGUACUCCGCGGCGCAAUUCCGCACCAUCCCAUUUGACAGUAAAGAACCCGAAGUCGCAUUCUUAGGAAAAACGAAUGUCGGGAAAAGUUCCCUUAUAAAUGCCCUCGUGGACGACGAGAUAUGUCGCAGCGGCGACAAACGCGGGAAGACCACAGAGAUGAACGCAUAUGGGAUUGGGGGCACGAAAGGCGGCGAAUCCAAAAUUGUGUUGUUGGAUAUGCCGGGGUAUGGAGCGGGGAGUAAACUUGAGCAGGGGGAGGAGAUUAUGAAGUAUUUGCAGAAGAGGAAACAACUCCGCAGGACAUUCAUCCUCAUCGACCUCAUACACGGCAUAAAAUCUCACGAUCAACAAAUCCUAACGUUACUCCGGCAAUACGCAAUCCCGCACCAACUCGUCGUCUCCAAAGUCGACAGGGUGCUAUGCGACAGAGUCCAAACCAUAAAGCACUGGCACUACGAACGAACAGUGCGAAUCGUAAAACUUGCCGGGCUGCAGCGUCAACUUGAUGAGUUGCGGACGAUGGAUCAGAUACCGUCUGACCCAAAUAGUCCACGGUAUGAGUUGGCGACGCAAUUGGCAGCUACCAAGGGGCCGCCGCCGUUGGGGGAGAUUAUUGCUGUUAGUGCCAUGAAGGAUGUUGCGAAAAAUAUGAAGAAGAGCUAUUUGAAUAUUGAUGCGUUGAGGUGGUCGAUUAUGCAGGCUACCGGGUUUGAUGGGAGUAUUCAGGGGACUCUCCAGCCGUAA